AGGAGAAACGAUGCAAUGAAUCGUGCGCAGGAAGUCACGUGCCGAACAAAACUCUCAUACUUUAUCUAAGCUAGUAAAGGAGGGCAAGUAAAUGCAAUGGCAAAUUGUAAGUAAGCAGCUAUCAAAACAGAGUAACAAACUUAAGCUAUAAUACUCUAUUAUAUCUCACACCGAAACGAACCUAACACUAACUGCUUUACAACAAAACAUACAAAACAAUGGUAUUCAAUGGUGACACACUGUAGCGGAGAUCUGGUGAAAAUGACACGUAUAAAUGCUCCUAAAUAUGAAAGAUCCAUGAUGAUCCACUAAAACUAGACUAGUCUAAAUGGAGAGAUUGAUUUGGAUUCGUGUCUAUUGCUUUUCUCAAACUUCUCAAUCGCGGCGGAAAGGUAUACUCACAUUCACUCUCGCAAUACGAAAUAACUCACUAAACCUUACAACAUCUAGAUGGAGCUAUAGGUUACAACACGUACUCAAAAUUUAGUCUAAUUGCUGCCGGGUCUGUCACAAGCCGGGCUGAGUAGCGAGCGAGAAGCUGAGUACCGCAGCAGCAGGGAAGUGUACUGAUCGGUGAAUAAGUCGGUGAACACUACCCAAAUGUGACGUCACAGUAUAUAGUGCAAUUCGUAAAAAACAAGUAAGAUUAGCGUCGGCGGCUCGUUCGGCCAUACGAGUGUGGAGCGUAGCAUCCAUGUAUGAAAGCUUUCCUUUUUUUUGAACAUUUAUUCCGAUUUCUUUUUGUGGUAAGACGCUAGUGUAAUAUUGUUUAAGAGUGGUUUUGCUUGCUUCACACACACACACACAUGAACAAGUUUACAUAGAUGCGGUUGGGACAGAGGAGAGCAGGGGCAGGAGAAUAAAGAAAAUCAAAAUCAGGCUUAUUCUCUUAAAGUAAGAGCAAUGGCAUCGCAAUACCGCAAAACCCAAACAUGGCGUAGACAACUAGAACCCACAGUGGGUAUGCAGCAAAUAAUCCAUUACAAAACUGCGGACGCUUAUUAGUUUUAUUGCUUAAAUGUUGAUACACAUAAGGAGAUUUGUGUGUGAGAUUUGGAAGAACUCAAGAUUCCAAUCAGCAAAUGUGAAAGUAAUCCUAAUGGCCACCUAACACUUAGAAUUAGAUUAAGAGCGAUUUAGACGGAGAUUGCGUUACUUUAUGUAGUUAAACUUCAAUAUGAUUUGAUAGGAUAAUCAAAAUGUAAACAAAAUCGCUACAAAUAGUUCUCUUCCUUAAGGUACUUCAUUUAUCAACAACAACAAAAAAACUACACUCAUUUACACCACCCCCAUUUUCGAUUAUGCCCCCGCUGUAAUUAUCACUUGUUCACAAGAACGGAAUGUUCUUUCACAGGCCUGUUCUAGGGAACAAACAGAAGAGGUCGUGGAUGCCAUGUGCAUUCCAUGUUCCGCCUUGCUCUGGUGUGAACCCCGUUCCAAGAACUGGCUGGCUUCGGCUUUCGUGCGAGCCUUAAGAACUCUACUCAAAUCUGUACCGUGUGCGUACUAAGCAGGGACGAUUAUACUCAUACAUACUGUCUUAUGAAGGAUGAGUCUACGAAUAUGAAGCUGUCCAAGGCACUGGGCCAGCAAUUGUUUCACUAGUCCAUAAUUAGGUAAAGCAGGCUAACAAAUACUCUCUCUCUUUCUACAUUGCAACACACGAAGAUUCUUAUUACAGUCGCCAAACACAGAAGCAGCGGAAAUCUGCAAAUAUUCACACGACACUGUGCCCGAUGGGCAUUCAAGGUUCAAGCAGUGGAAUAAAUCAAAACGAAAAUUGCCGAAAAACUUAACCCUAACUCAUUACCACCAUUACUACCACGAGGAUGAAGGAGUUUCUUUUUAAAAACAAAUGCUUUACUUUAAAAAAUGCUGACGCUGCGUGUAAUAAAAAUGUAACGCUACACAUGUAACAAAGCAUGAUCGCAAAACUGAAACGACAAAUCGUAAAUCAAAAACUAAACAAAUACACAUACACACGUACAUCUAUCCACGUAAAAAGGGAAAAUUAAUCAGCAAACAAAACAAUAAAUCGGAUAACGCAAACAAAAAAAAAACGAGAACCGAAACGCUACGCGAUGUAAUUGUAAGUAAAUUGCUUGUGUAACUAAAAUAUACUUUUCAAUUUCCUACCAAAACGGAGAGCUUAUAGCAAGUUGAGCUGGGAGCGAGGGAUGCGCUGGAAGUGUGUAAAACAGGACCGUGAUUUUUGCAGUCUAUUAAGCAUCGCCGCAUUGUAACUUGGCCGCAAUUGGCGUGUUUGUGUGUGUGCGUUUUAAAGGGAAAUUAAACGGUAAGAUAUGUAAAAAAACACAAGAAGACAGGUAAAACAAACACACACGCGCAACUAAGUUGAACAAAACAAAGAGAAAAGGGGGGAAAAGGUAAAGAAAACAUGCUAAACGCAAAUUUGUAAUAAAAGAAAAUGCUUAAUAAUUGAGAGAAAACGAACAAACAAACACGUAAGAAGGGCUAGAACAUGUGCAGAAGAGAAAAGAAAACAAAGCUUGUGCAAAUAAUAUACAGUGCUAGUCGUUAUAGUUGUUGCAAAAAAAAAGAAACGAAAGAAGACAAAAACCGCAAUCCGUUGCAUAUAGGAAAGAUGGAUAGAAGUACAGAAGAAAACAAAAAAACUCGAGAGUGCAAUGUAUGUAAUGUAAUGGACAGCAUGUAAAUGAAGUGUUUAAAACGGGAGCUUUGCAUUAUUACGAAAAGAUAAAAAAGAAAAGGCAUGAAAAGGGAAAGGAAAGCAGGGAAUGGCGAGAAGGAGCAGAAAAAUCGAACGGCAAGCUAAACUAACCAAAGUACAUUAUGCACACAAACACAGUAAGAAAGGCAACACACUGGAACAUACCAAACAAGCCCAAAAACUUCAAAGUAGAUAGCACAGACCCAUCAAAAUAGUUUACAAAACAAAAACGAACCCAAUUUGCGAUACAAUGAAAUAGAAAAGAGAAAAACAGAGCGUUCACCGGCAUUUAACACACACAAACACGUUUAGUACACAGGUGCACCUACACACGCCACGUGGGAGACACAGCGCUACAACACAGUCACACACACACACGCAUAUAGACAGGUUGUGUUGGUUGUGAGGCGGUAGUUACAAACACGACAUUUGGGAAUAGUAUGGGUUGCGCUAAUUGUGUAAAGUUGUGCAAACAAUGUUUUUGUAAAAAUUGAACAAACAAAAAACUUUGAGGAGAAGAGGAAGAAGAAGGACACGCGCUGGACCGACUGUUUGCUCCCCCUCCAGUCGUCCACUCUGCCAACAGGGACGCCGCCGUGGGCAGGUCGCUCGCACCGCCGGGGCGGGUGUGUUUGUUUGUGUGCGCGAAUGGGAAAUAAUAUACAAAUUUCGAAAUACACGCCAUUGAAAUUACGCACCGUGUGUUGGUUGUUUCUCAUCUGCCCAUCCCAGUUGGCUGGGGUAAGUAUGCACGCUCAGUUUCGCGUUGACAGUUGCAGAGACCGUAUCGUGUACUGUCAACCUUCCUUCGACGAUGAAUUUCAUACCAUAUCGUAGUAAAAGUGUUCCACCACUCGCCGCUGCUGGAUUGCCGGUGCGAUCCCGUGGUCGUGAUGAGCCGCUUAGAAACGAUCGUUCAAUGCCCUACAGCCGAAGCCGCUCGUUUGCCGGGGCACGCAAUGAAACGUCAUCGAGCAGUUCGCACGCACCAAGACAAUCGAAUCAAACGGCAAACAGCACCCGAGAUGGACCGUUUGUGAUUGUGGUGCUUGCCGAGGGCCGAGGACAUGCCGCUCUCGAGGUCGGUCUAGCCGCAAUGGACGUUACCUCACCACACCUGAAGCUCACCCAAUACGGAGACAACUUUUGGUACUCGGUCACACUAACAACACUGCACGCGCUGGACCCAACGGUGGUUUUCUUCUCCGAGCACGCACUCACCAACGGAACGUCCUACCUGCCGAAGCUGAUCCACCAGUACCUUCCCCGCACUCAGGUCCGAGGACUCGGGAGAUCGUACUUCAACGACAGCCUCGCCGAAAGCUACCUCUCCCAGCUGUGCAGCCGUGAUUAUGCCAAACUGCGAGGGCUCAUCCACAGCAAGUACUACGGCAUGGCAUCCUGCGGUGCUUUGCUGCGACACUUGAUGGAAACGGCAUUGCUGCAGAUUGCUACCAAGUCGCUCAAGCUCAGCUACCUCGACAAGUUGUCCACGAUGACGAUGGACGUGGAGUGCAUUGGGCAGCUGGAGCUGCUCGGGCCGCUCCAGAAAGGGGACGAGCGGAAGUCGCUGUUUGGAUUUCUGAACCACUGCAUCACGUCCAUCGGCAAGCGUCAUCUGCGAGCCAAUAUCAUAGAGCCUUGGACGAACCGGGAGCGGUUGGAGAUGCGUCUCCGGUGCAUUCGGGAGUUUCUGGGCAAUCCGACGCUGCUGCAAAGUGUACGCAAAACCUUGGCCGAGGUGAAAGAUGUCGGUGGAUUGCUUAACCUGUCGGUAGACAUCGAUCGAAUGAAAACAACGCACCAAAACACGGUGCAUAUGCUCAAUCAAGCGUCAAGCCUUCGCAACGUGCUGAAAGUUGUCCCGAAGCUGCGGGACCUGCUGCGGGACGUGCGUGCCGAAUAUCUGAACGAUUUGAAGCAAACGCUUGAGGAGCAGGUGUACGCUGAGUUACUCCAAAACAUCUGCACAGUGUUGGACGACAGUCCAAUGGAGAGAAACACGUCCUACAAUAGGCUGUUUCUUGUGCGCACCAACAUCAACUCGAUACUGGAUCUACUUCGAACACUGUAUUCCGGUGUUAUCGACGAGAUUCGUCAGUAUGUGGCAGAGUUGAGUCUUGCUACGCGAAUGCAGCUCAAACUUCACCACUCCAAACCGAACGGCUUCCAUCUGCUGUACGUGUUGGCGAACGAGGAAGUAGACAAUGUGGCUGAACAGUUGAGCAGUAGCUUUCAGAUACUAAGUCGUGCUGGUCGGCGGUACACACUCUCCAAUGGAAGGCUGAUGGCGUUCAAUGAGAAGCUCAACUCAGUCGCAAAGGAGAUUGAUGAGAUCAGUUACGGUAUCAUUCGGGGGCUGAUCGAGAGCAUACGCUAUAGUAUAGAUGCGGUGUACAAUCUGGUCGGAUGCUUGACAGAUCUGGACGUGGUGCAGGCGCUUGCCAUCGUCAGUCAGGGGAAAGAGUUCUGCGAGCCUACCUUCGGAGAGGAAACGAAGAUAGUCUCCGGAAGACAUCCACUGCUGGAAAGCAUCUGCGGAGAACGGAAGGUCGUUCGUAAUAAUGUGAUCUCCACUCCCGAGUACAAUGUGUUUAUCGUCACCGGGCCCAAUAUGAGCGGCAAAACGGUGUACAUGAAAACGAUCUGCACCUUGCAGAUCAUGGCCCAGCUUGGCUGCUAUAUACCGGCAUCACAAGCACAGGUUCGGAUCGUCGACCGACUGCUGACCAUCUACGGUGACGCGGACAACCUGCAGCAGGAUGAUGCGGAGUCUAGCCGCAUGUACAACAAGCUGCAGUUUGUGCGCCACUGCUUAACUCCAAACAGUUUGGUCGUGAUCGACGAACUGUACGGUGACACUCACCGUCCCGAUACGACCAGUGACAAGUGGGCACUGCUGGAACGCAUCAUCGAUCACGUUGGAUACGUUAGUGAGGGAAGCGAGUCGGUCGUUCCAACGCUGGCAUCAAUCCGCAAACCGUUCAUCUUCAUCACGACCCACUGCAUGGACAUGCUGAGCCCGCUCGAGGUGCAUCACAACGUCUCCAAGCUCUGCCUGCAAACGGAAACGGUCCAGGUGGAUGGGGUGGAGCGUUUGCGGUACAAGUACGUCGUCACCGAGGGACGCACGGUGGUGCAGCACUACGGACUAUCGCUCGCCCGUACCGUCAACAUACCGCAGGAUGUGCUAGACCGGGCGGAACAGCUCUGUCGUGGAGAUUUGAAGCAUCAUCUAGCGACGGCAUCCAGCGGCUCGGCCAAUCGGUCCCACAAUCGUACCAACAAUCAAUCGACCACCAACACCACGCUGCACACGCUGUCGACGCAGGGCAGCUUCAAUGAGUUCUUUAAACUAUUCUACCACCUUUACGGCAAGGUAGCGCACAGCGUGCGUAACGCGGGUAACGUCCAGGAGCAUCUGACCGAGCAGCUGGAGCAGUUCGUCGCUUCCGUACCGGAAGAGGUGCGCGAAUUUCUGCGGGUAACGCCCCUGGAGCAGUUGCUGCAGCUCGACGCUUGACGAUCGCGCUGUUGUUGAUCGCGUGCUUCGGUGCUGAUGCAAACAUGUGUUGUUGUUUUGCGUUGCCAGCGGGGUCACGACACCGUGGGGAAGACGAGAAUAAACAAGUAGCGUAAUUCGAUGCUUACCCAGCAUACGUCU